CUCCGGGCCGCGCGAGGCCACGGCCACGCCGCGCCGCUGCGCACAACCAACGAGGCAGAGCGCCGCCCGGCGCGGGACUGCGGCCGGAGCCUGGGGCGCGCGUGCGGAGGAUCAGGCGCGGCGCGGCUGCGGCUGAGAGUGGAGCCUUUCAAGCUGUCAUGGAGAGCUUAAGGGGCGACUGAAGGAGACACGCUGGCCAAGCGCGGAAUUCUGGUUACUUCAGUCCUGCUGAGAUAUUCUCUCAGUCCGCUCACACUGAAGGAAGCUGCCUUGGGAUCAGAGCAGACAUAAAGCUAGACAGAUUUCGAGAUGAAAUUGAAAUGGCCAAUGAGCACACGCUCAUUCAUCCAACGAGCAUUGAGGACCCCCUAGAGGCCAGGCCCAUGAGUGAUGAAGAUCCCGAGGAUGAAGACGCCUUGCCAGCCAGGUGCCCUUCCUCUCCUAACCUCCUGGCACUGUGCUCCCCACUCAGGAAUUGCACCCAGCGUCACCUCUGCAGACAGAAACAGUCUCCGCCAGUCAAGAAACCCUCAAAAGUAUUUUGCCAUGGAUAUAGAAGAUGAAGAAAACAUGAGUUCCAGCAGCACUGAUGUGAAGGAAAACCGCAAUCUGGACAACGUGUCCCCCAAGGAUGGCAGCACACCUGGGCCUGGCGAGGGCUCUCAGCUCUCCAAUGGGGGUGGUGGUGGCCCCGGCAGAAAGCGGCCCCUGGAGGAGGGCAGCAAUGGCCACUCCAAGUACCGCCUGAAGAAAAGGAGGAAAACACCAGGGCCUGUCCUACCCAAGAACGCCUUGAUGCAGCUGAAUGAGAUCAAGCCUGGUUUGCAGUACACGCUCCUGUCCCAGACUGGGCCCGUGCACGCACCUUUGUUUGUCAUGUCUGUGGAGGUGAAUGGCCAGGUUUUUGAGGGCUCUGGUCCCACAAAGAAAAAAGCAAAACUCCAUGCUGCUGAGAAGGCCUUGAGGUCUUUCGUUCAGUUUCCUAAUGCCUCUGAGGCCCACCUGGCCAUGGGGAGGACCCUGUCUGUCAACACGGACUUCACAUCUGACCAGGCCGACUUCCCUGACACGCUCUUCAAUGGUUUUGAAACUCCUGACAAGGCGGAGCCUCCCUUUUACGUGGGCUCCAACGGGGAUGACUCCUUCAGUUCCAGCGGGGACCUCAGCUUGACUGCUUCCCCGGUGCCUGCCAGCCUAGCCCAGCCUCCUCUCCCUGUCUUACCACCAUUCCCACCCCCGAGUGGGAAGAAUCCCGUGAUGAUCUUGAACGAACUGCGCCCAGGACUCAAGUAUGACUUCCUCUCCGAGAGCGGGGAGAGCCAUGCCAAGAGCUUCGUCAUGUCUGUGGUCGUGGAUGGUCAGUUCUUUGAAGGCUCGGGGAGAAACAAGAAGCUUGCCAAGGCCCGGGCUGCCCAGUCUGCCCUGGCCACCAUUUUUAACUUGCACUUGGAUCAGACGCCAUCUCGCCAGCCUAUUCCCAGUGAGGGUCUUCAGCUGCAUUUACCACAGGUUUUAGCUGACGCUGUCUCACGCCUGGUCCUGGGUAAGUUCGGCGACCUCACCGACAACUUCUCCUCCCCUCACGCUCGCAGAAAAGUGCUGGCUGGAGUCGUCAUGACAACAGGCACAGAUGUUAAAGAUGCCAAGGUGAUAAGUGUUUCUACAGGAACAAAAUGUAUUAAUGGUGAAUACAUGAGUGAUCGUGGCCUUGCAUUAAAUGACUGCCAUGCAGAAAUAAUAUCUCGGAGAUCCUUGCUCAGAUUUCUUUAUACACAACUUGAGCUUUACUUAAAUAACAAAGAUGAUCAAAAAAGAUCCAUCUUUCAGAAAUCAGAGCGAGGGGGGUUUAGGCUGAAGGAGAAUGUCCAGUUUCAUCUGUACAUCAGUACCUCUCCCUGUGGAGAUGCCAGAAUCUUCUCACCACAUGAGCCAAUCCUGGAAGGGUCUCGCUCUUACACCCAGGCUGGAGUGCAGUGGUGCAAUCAUGGCUCACUGCAGCCUCGACCUCCUGGGCUCUUAAGCGAUCCUUCCACCUCAACCUUCCAAGGAGCUGGGACUACAGAACCAGCAGAUAGACACCCAAAUCGUAAAGCAAGAGGACAGCUACGGACCAAAAUAGAGUCUGGUGAGGGGACGAUUCCAGUGCGCUCCAAUGCGAGCAUCCAAACGUGGGACGGGGUGCUGCAAGGGGAGCGGCUGCUCACCAUGUCCUGCAGUGACAAGAUUGCACGCUGGAACGUGGUGGGCAUCCAGGGAUCCCUGCUUAGCAUUUUCGUGGAGCCCAUUUACUUCUCGAGCAUCAUCCUGGGCAGCCUCUACCACGGGGACCACCUUUCCAGGGCCAUGUACCAGCGGAUCUCCAACAUAGAGGACCUGCCACCUCUCUACACCCUCAACAAGCCUUUGCUCAGUGGCAUCAGCAAUGCAGAAGCACGGCAGCCGGGGAAGGCCCCCAACUUCAGUGUCAACUGGACGGUAGGCGACUCGGCUAUUGAGGUCAUCAACGCCACGACUGGGAAGGAUGAGCUGGGCCGCGCGUCCCGCCUGUGUAAGCACGCGUUGUACUGUCGCUGGAUGCGUGUGCACGGCAAGGUUCCCUCCCACUUACUACGCUCCAAGAUUACCAAGCCCAACAUGUACCAUGAGUCCAAGCUGGCGGCAAAGGAGUACCAGGCCGCCAAGGCGCGUCUGUUCACAGCCUUCAUCAAGGCGGGGCUGGGGGCCUGGGUGGAGAAGCCCACCGAGCAGGACCAGUUCUCACUCACGCCCUGACCCGGGCAGACAUGAUGCGGGGUGCAGGGGGCUGUGGGCAUCCAGCGUCGUCCUCCAGAACCUCACAUCUGAACUGGGGGCAGGUGCAUACCUUGGGAGGGAGUAGGGGGACACAGGGGACCACCAGGUGUCCACGGUUGUCCCCAGCAUCUCACAUCAGACCUGGGGCAGGUGCGCAGUGUGGGGAGGGGAUGGGGUGCGUCAGGGCCCAGCAUCGCCGCCUGGCAUCUCUCUGCCACAGCAUUUCCCCUUCUGAACCGUCCAGUGACUGCUUUCAAUCUCGGUUUACGUUUAGAAAUUGAGUUCUACUGAGUAGGGCUUCCUUAAGUUUAGGAAAAUAGAAAUUACUUUGUGUGAAAUUCUUGAAUAAAUAAUUUAUUCAGAGCUAGGAAUGUGGUUUAUAAAAUAAGAAGUAAUUAUGUCAGGUCACUUUUAUGCCACAUUAUUUUAAUUGCAAAAAAGCAUCUAUAUAUGGAGGAGGGUGGGAAAAUAGAGGUAGGAAAUAGUAGCCUAAAGGAAAUCGCCACACGUCUGUCUAAACUUAGGUCUCUUUUCUCCGUAGGUACCUCCCUGGGUAGUUCCACACACUAGGUUGUAACAGUCUCUCCCUGAGGAGCAGACUCCCAGCAUGAUGUAGCGUGGCCUUGUCACGCACAUGGGGUCCCGCAGCGGUGACUGUGUGUCCUGCAGAGGCGUGACCCAGGCCCCUGUAGCCCUCAGCCUCCUCUAGAAGCUUCUGUACUCCUUGUAGGAUCAGAUCAUGGAAAACUUUUCUCAGUUUACUUCUAAGUAAUCACAGAUAAAACAUGGCCAGUAACCCCGGGCUGGCCAUUCAUUCAGGUUUUUUAAAGGAUAUUUAACUUUUAUGGACUAGAAGGAAUCAGGAGGGCUGCUGCACAGUACAUGGCCUAAGUUCCCUCUGUUCCUUCCUCUGAAUCGAGUGGAUGUGGGUGACUGCCCGAAGGCCUUCACAGGAUGGAAGUGGCAUGAUUUCAGUAGAUACUCAUUCUUGGAAAAUGCCGUAGUUUUAAAUUACUGUUUCCAGCUUUAUCAAAGACAUGUUUGAAAAAUAAAAAGCAUCCAAAUGAGAGCUGGUGAGACCACGUGCUGCUGGCGUAGUGUAGACCAGACGUUGACAGUCCUGACAGGGGAGCUCAGGGCUGCCCUGCACCCAGAGUGCAAGGGACGGCCCCACGACAGAGGGAGCCAGCCCAGGAGGUCAGGAGCGCGGCGGGCGAGGGCCCUGUGUGGACCACCUCCACCAAGCUCAGAGAUUUGCACCAGGUGCCUUGUUGCCUCCGCUCAGGAUGAAAGAGGAGCUGAGAGAAGUGCUCAGCCUGCCAGUGCAGUGCCCAGCUCCAAGGCUCUGAGGGUGCUCAGGUGGGUCUCCUGGGGCCAUGGGGAGAGAUUGGUGCAGACCUUACCCCACAGCAUACAUCUGCCACAGCGAAAUCCAGGGUGUUGCAUCUGUGUGUCUGUGAUGGGCCUAGGAAACCAGAACAGGGGCAGAGGGGUAUCAUCCUCCCACCAGACGCUGGGAGCUCAGACCCCAAAACUGAAGCACCAUGGCUCUGGCGGGGGGUGUGCCUCCUGAUGUCGGUAGCCCCAUCUGCGUGUGUCCACACAGAUCUCGUCCCAGCGCGGCAGGAAGGGGUGCUGCUUAGGGCUCAUUGUUGGGGACAUGACCAGGUUCAGCGCCUAGCACAUCUGCCCCACACCAGCCUUCUCCUCCACUGAAGAGGGUAGUUGUCUCCCUGAAGCAGUCAGAGUGGGCGUCUCAGCCGCUCCAUCAGCACAAUGGGGUUUUGUUUAGGCAGAUCGUGCUGGGGUUCUGCACCUGCAGAAGGAGAGGGGUCUGUUGUCGCUGGCCUUCCCCCAAGCAGGCUCUUGCACACUCUAGAAAAAACACCUUGUAAGUCUGUGCAUUUUUAUUGUCUUGAUAAAUUGUAUUUUUUUCUAA